GUGGAGCACGGGCGUCAUCAUGUACAUGCUGCUGGCUGGCUCCCCACCCUUCUGGCACCAGAAGCAGAUGCUGAUGCUGAGGAUGAUCAUGAGCAGCAACUACCAGUUUGGCUCGCCUGAGUAGGAUGAUUACUCAGACACCAUGAAGGACCUGGUCUCCCGAUUCCUGUUGGUGCAACCCCAGAGCUGCUGCACAGCGGAAGAGGCCUUGGCACACCCAUUCUUCCUGCAGUACGUGGUGGAGGAAGUGCGGCACUUCAGCCCCCGGGGGAAGUUGAAGGUGAUCGCUCUGACUGUGCUGGCUUCAGUGCGGAGCUACUACCAGUACCACCGGGUGAACCCGGUGACCCGGGAGAUCGUCAUCCAAGACCCACCCCUACACCCUCCAGCCUCUGUGCCGGCUCAUCGAUGCCUACGCUUUCCGAAUCUAUGGCCCCUGGGUGAGGAAGGGGCAGCAGCAGAACUGGGCAACCCUUUUCAAGAACACACCCAAGGCCGUGCUGCUCUCCCUGGCCGAGGAGGACUACUGAGGGGCUGGCCAGUCAGGGAGGGCUGGGGGGCAGGUGGGGAGGGGAAGCCACGGAAAUACAAGUCAAAGGGGUAGGAUGCAUGCACGCCUCUGCAGAAGGAGCACUUGGCCCUGGCCAGGAACCCGUGGAGCUGAGGCCACGAUCCCCUCUCAAAGGCUAUGCACAAGGGAAGCGGGUAUUCCCACCACACAGCAAUACCUGCAGGCUGGGGCAGGCCCUGGGUGGGCAGACAUCACAGGUGGCCUGAGAACCAGGAACCCCCUGCUCCUCCACUUCCUAGAUGAGCCACCAUCUCCGUUUCUCUUUAGAGGAGGCCCAGAGUUACUGACACUCGGGCCCUCUGCCUUUAGGGUCCCAGGGUGAGGAUGAAAGACACAGAAAUGUCUGAGAUACACAAUCGCAGGAGAUUUUAUUGGCCCCAUGACAGCCAGUGACAGUGUGGGAGCAGGCUACUCUCCAGGGACAUGUUUCUGGAGGCAUAUGGAGAAGGGGGCCGAGGUGAGGUGGCUCACACCUGUAAUCUCAGCACUUUGGGAGGUCGAGGUGGGACAAUUGCUUGAGGCCAGGAGUUCGAGACCAGCCUGGGCAACAUAGUGAGAUCCCAUUACUAUAGAAAUUCAAAAAAUUAGCCAGGCAUGGUGGUGCAUAUUUGUAGUCCCAGCUACUCAGGAGGCUGAGAUGGGAGAAUUGCUUGAGCCCAGGAGCUCAAGGCUGCAGUGAGCUGUGAUCACCACUGCGCUCUAGCCUGGGCAACAGAGUAAGACACUGUCUCAAAAAAAAAGAAAAAAAAGAAAAAAAAUGGAAGGGGAAGCUUCUGAUAUUUGUCUUUCUGGAGUACUGUUUGCUUUGUGAUUCCCACAAUGCACUGCUUCACCUAGUACAUCAUUUGGUUCUCCCAGACCUUUUAGGACUGAACUGUGCUUUAGAUAGUUUCAUGCCUGCCUGUUACACAGUGGAAACUAGUUUUCUUCAGAGGGACAUGAAAUGACAGAUGAGGCCAUGAAGAAAGCAUUCUCCUUCCACAGCAACUAGCUAGGAAAGUGAACACACAAGUGAUCCUCCUGCCUCAACCUCCCU